AUGCGUUCGCCGACUUCACUCUUGGUUCUGCUAUGGACAAUGGUGUCGAUAGCUUUGGCAGCUGAUUCUGUCCACCUUUCUGGCACGUCGCAGCUCGCGACACAUGGCCGCGUCACACCUCGCAAGCUAACAGCUCCCUCCCUUCUAGGUGUUGCAUCCCAAUUACCUCCUCAUGAGCGCCUCGUCCACGCCCAAGACCGCUCGAGACAGGCCGCCCUGACGCAGAAGCUGGGGCCCGGCGCAUUCAAGGUGUCCAUUCUCAAAGCUGCCUCUGUCAAUGUCAAGUCGUUUGCGCACGGCGGCAUGAGCCUACUCCUCGACCUUGCAUCCUCGUCCAACGACGUCCUCGACUUUAUUGGCAACAAUACCAACUCUGUCUUUUCACGAUCCGAACCCAGCGAGGAGGGCAACGCAGCUUCAGGACGGAAGCACGUCGCCUAUACGAGCAUCGCCCUCGUCCUCGUCAUGCUCUUUUUCGCCGUCUGGAUGUAA